CACGAAGAGAAAGGGGGAGAGAGAGAGAGAGAGAGAGAGAGAGCGAGCCUGCGAGCUCCGGGAUAAUAAAGCAAAGGAGAAGCAUAAGGAAGUCUUUAACAUUGAUAUCAAUCACAGUUAUGAUAAAGAAACUCAGAACUUCACCUGGCUUUUCUCAUUUUCUCUCAAAAUCUUUCUCUUUCUCUCCAACCAAACAAUCCCACAGUUCCCACGGCGCUGUCCAUUCCGCAAAGUCGAAAUCAAAACCUACUCAACAAGCGACUAUUUGUUCUCCUCAACUAUCUAUCUUCACCUUAAGAUUGCACUACUGUCACCGUCUCUCCCUCAAAUACUCAUCUCUAUGCCGACCUGUUCUGCACUCUUAUUCAUCUGUACUUAACCUGUGGCAGGUUUUCCCAAGCAACAGGGGCUUUCUUCGCGAUGAGAAAUCAUGAUAUAGUUCCCAUUUUGCCACUGUGGAAUGGUCUAAUUCACCAUUUUAAUGCUUCUGGUUUGAUCUCGCAGGAAAAUGACUGCGCUGAAAAUGGUAGCUUUCAGAUGCAACCAAAUCUUAUAACUUAUACCACACUUAUAAGCUCGUACUGCAAGCAGCAAGGGCUUGAGGAAGCACUUUCUAUGUAUCAAGAAAUGGUUACGAAUGGUUUCUUGCCUGAUGUAGUUACUUAUAGUUCAAUUAUAACUGGUCUUUGCAACCAUGGGAGGCAAGCAGAAGCAAAAAUGCUUUUGGGGGAAAUGAAGAAUAUGGGUGUCAAUCCUAACCACGUUUCUUAUUCAACACUAAUUAAUGCAUCUUUCAAAGCAGGAACUAUUAUGGAGGCUUUAUCCCUACAAAAUCAAAUGUUUGUUCGUGGUUUACCCUUUGAUGUGGUUGUUUACACCACUUUGAUCGAUGGGCUUUUUAAGGCUGGAAAACCUAAAGAUGCAGAAGACAUGUUUGGGAUCCUUUUGGACCAUAAUAUAGUUCCAAAUUUUAUCACUUAUUCUGCAUUAAUUGAUGGCCGUUGCAGAUUAGGAGAUUUUGGUAGUGCAGAAUAUCUACUAAAGGAAAUAGAGGGCAAGAAUGCUGUUCAGAAUAUUGUAGCAUAUUCUUCUAUCAUAAAUGGCUAUGUAAAGAGAGGAAUGCUUGAUGAAGCUGUUAGGGUGAUGAGGAGGAUGGUAAAGCAAAAUAUCAUGCCAAACGUUUUUAUAUACGCUGCACUAAUUGAUGGCUAUUUUAAGGCAGGUAAACAAGAAGGUGCACUUGCACUUUAUAACGAAAUGAAAAUAGUAGGUCUUGAGGUUAAUAAUUUUAUAAUUGAUGCGUUUGUGAACAACUUAAAAAGAUUUAGAAGGAUGAAAGAGGCUCAGGCAUUAGUUGAAAGCAUGAUGUCAAGAGGCUUGUUGCUUGACUGUGUUAACUACACAUCUCUAAUGGAUGGAUUCUUCAUAGAGCACAAGGAGUCAGCUGCUUUUAGCAUAGCUCAAGAAAUGUCCAAGAGAAAUAUAUCAUUCGAUGUUGUUGCAUUUAAUGUCUUAAUUAAUGGUAUGUUGAGACUGCAAAAAUAUGAAGUUAAAUCUGUUUAUGAUGGAAUCAGAGAGUUGGGAUUGGCUCCAGAUGUUGCCACCUACAACACCAUGAUUAAUGCAUACUGCAAGCGGAGAGACUUGGAAAAUGCUCUUAGGCUCUGGAAUGAGAUGAAGAGCCGUGGAAUACUCCCAAACUUGAUCACUUUUAACACUCUAGUUGGAGGGCUUUCUGCAGCUGGUGAGACUGAGAAAGUACUAGAUCUUUUAAAUGAAAUGACACUCAUGGGGAUUCGCCCUAACCUGACCACUCAUAGAAUUCUUCUGAAGUCAUGUUUAAAGAGUAGAAGAGCUGAUACAAUUCUGAAAAUGCAUGAGCAACUUGCAAAAAUGGAACUUAAACUCAGUCAAGCAGUAUAUAACACCCUGAUCACAGCUUUCUGCAGGCUAGGGAUGACCAGAAAGGCUACCUCAGUGUUGAAAGAGAUGGAAAAAAGAGGGAUUUUGCCAGAUACUUUCACUUACAAUGCCCUUAUACACGGAUAUUGCAUAAGCAGCCAUUUAAAAAGGGCUUUUGCUACAUAUUCUCAGAUGUUGAAUGAAGGACUUUCUCCAAAUGUUGCAACUUAUAAUAUCCUUUUAAGGGGUCUCUCUGUUUGUGGUUUAAUGAAAAGGGCAGAUGAAUUAUUUGGCGAGAUGAAAGAAAGAGGCAUUGACCCAAAUGCUUCCAUUUAUGAUGCUCUGGUUUCUGGACAUGGUAAGAUCGGAAACAAGAAGGAGUCGAUCAAAAUUUAUUGUGAAAUGAUCACCAAAGGGUUUGUACCCCAGACUGGCACCUACAAUGUGCUUAUCAGUGAUUUUGCCAAUGCAGGAAAAAUGGGUCAGGCUAGAGAGCUUAUGAAUGAAAUGCAAUUGAGGGGUAAAUCCCCCAAUUCUUCAACGUAUGACAUACUGAUUUGUGGCUGGUGCAAAGUUUCUAAUCAGCCAGAUCUCGAUAGGGGAUUGAAAGUGUCAUAUAGGACCGAGGCAAAAAGAUUAUUCAUAGAGAUGAAUGAGAAGGGGUUUAUUCCAUGUGAAAAUACUCUUUUCUGUAUCAGUUCUACCUUUGCAAAACCGGGGAAGAAGGUUGAUGCUCGAAAGCUGUUGAAGGAACUAUACAAGAGAAAGAAUAUCUAGUAGGUUAGCUACAUUGGCAGGGGCUCCUCUUUGGUGUUGCAGUGUAAAAAGACUGGUGAAUGCAAUGCCUCCACGGCUAAUCUGGUGUUCAUAUGAGAAGUUGACUCAUAAAUGCUUCAUGUCUGUGGCAUUUAUCCUUAUUGCAGAUUCAUCCGUUCUCCCUUCUCUGAGGUGAUUAACUCGUUUCUAUAUUUCCUGAGGUUACUAUUUCUUGCAAGAUUUUGAAGUAUGAAAAUCAAAAUUGUUGAACUUUCUAGGUGAAAGUAAGAUUGAGCACCGAGCACUGGUCAUCAAUUUUUUGUAUAUAUGUAAAUGUAUGUUUUUUUUUGUAUUAUUUUCUGAAGACAUGUUUUAAAUAGCGGCAAAGUGUGUAAAGAGCUAGGAACGCUAAUUUAUUUGUCAAGGAAUCAAUUCUAACAUUUAAUGGUAA